AUGGAAAUUGAUAAAAAUUCAACCAAUAUUUUGUUUCUGUAUCAUCAUCAACUAUUUAUUAUCUGCUUCUUGUUCAUUUCUCUGUCUUUUCAACAAGUUUCUUCAGCAACACCUCCCAAUGGCCUCAUCAGAGACUCGCAACAGCUCAUUUCUUUCAAGAAUUCACUCCCCAACCCUACUGAACUCCGAGACUGGGUGUCCACAAUCAGCCCUUGCAAUUUCGCCGGUGUCUUCUGUAAAAAUUACAGAGUCUCCUCCAUAGACCUGUCGGGCUCCCAUCUUAAUACAGAUUUCUCCGCAGUGGCGAAUUUUUUGUUGGGCAUCCAGAACUUGGAGUCCCUUGUGCUGAAAAAUACCAACCUCAGUGGUGCACUCACUUCUAUUUCAAGAUUACCAUGCACUAGUUUCUUGAAUUCCAUAGAUCUAGCAGAAAAUGGCAUUUCAGGGCCUGUGACUGAUAUUUCAGCCCUUGGAGUUUGCUCUGGUUUGGUGUUUCUUAAUCUCUCUAGGAAUUUCAUGGACCCUUUUGUCAAGGGAACUACCAGAAGCUUCCCCGCAGGAUUAUCAUCGUUACACGUUCUUGAUAUUUCUUACAAUAAUAUUUUGGCUCCGAACGUGGUUUCUUGGCUUUUCUCGAAUGAAUUUGCGGAGCUUCAGCAACUGUCUUUGAAGGGCAAUAAAAUGACAGGGAGUUUGCAGCAGUUGAAUUUCAAGAAUUUGAUUUAUUUGGAUCUUUCCACGAAUAAUUUUUCCUCCAAUUUCCCACGGAUUGAUGACUGCUCCAAAUUGAAACACCUGGACUUAUCUUCCAAUAAAUUCGUUGGCGAUGUUGAGGAUUCACUUUCUGGUUGUGGAAAGCUUAGUUUCCUUAACCUCACCAACAACAAGCUUACAGGCACAGUUCCAAAGCUGCCAAGUGGGAGUAUGCAGUAUCUUCAUCUCAAGGAGAAUGGUUUUCAGGGUGUUUUUCCACCCUUUCUCUCUGACUUAUGCUCAACCCUUGUGAAGUUGGAUCUCUCCUUCAAUAAUUUGACAGGUACUGUUCCAGAAAGCCUUGGUACAUGCUCCGCUUUGGUAUUUCUUGAUAUCUCCAGCAACAAUUUCUCUGGUGAGUUGCCUGUUGAUACACUCUUGAAAUUGAGUAAUAUGAAGACUUUGAUGCUGUCUUCCAAUAAUUUUGUGGGUAAUUUGCCUGAUUCUUUCUCAAAGUUGGUAAAUUUGGAGACUUUAGAUGUGAGUUCCAAUAAUAUUGCUGGUUUGAUUCCUUCUGGGAUCUGCCAAGACCCUAGGAACAGCUUGCAAGUGUUGUACCUUCAGAAUAACUUGUUCAACGGUCCAAUACCAGAGAGUCUAAGUAAUUGUUCACAGUUGGUUUCACUUGAUCUUAGCUUUAAUUAUUUGACUGGGACUAUUCCCUCUAGCUUGGGGUCCUUGUCAAAACUCAAGGAUAUGAUCAUGUGGAUGAAUCAACUCCAUGGGGAAAUCCCACAAGAGUUGAUGUACCUAAAGAAUUUGGAAAAUUUGAUUCUUGAUUUCAAUGACCUGAUAGGAUCAAUCCCUGCUACUCUUAGCAGUUGCACGAAAUUGAACUGGAUUUCUUUGUCAAAUAACCAUUUGAGUGGUCAGAUACCUGCUUCUUUGGGACGUUUGACUAGUCUUGCAAUUCUGAAGCUCGGAAACAAUUCGUUCUCUGGUAGUAUUCCUGGGGAACUAGGUGACUGCCCUAACUUGUUAUGGUUGGAUCUUAACACUAAUUUGCUGAAUGGGACUAUUCCACCUACUCUGUUCAAGCAAUCUGGCAACAUUGCAGUAGCAGUUCUGACAGGGAAGAGGUACGUUUACAUCAAGAACGAUGGAAGCAAACAGUGCCAUGGAGCAGGGAAUUUGCUCGAGUUUGGAGGGAUUAGAGAAGAACAUUUGGAUAGGAUUUCAACUAGGCAUCCCUGCAAUUUCACCAGAGUUUACAGAGGUAUCACUGAGCCGACAUUCAAUCACAAUGGUUCCAUGAUUUUUCUUGAUCUUUCUUACAACAAGUUGGAAGGAAGUAUUCCAAAGGAGCUUGGGUCCAUGUACUAUUGUUUUGUUCUUAAUUUGGGGCACAAUGAUCUAUCUGGACCUAUUCCUCAAGAGCUUGGAGGACUGAAGACCGUUGCAAUCCUUGAUUUGUCCUACAAUAAGUUGAAUGGAACAAUUCCACAAUCUUUGACGAGCCUUACAUCGCUGGGAGAGAUUGAUAUGUCAAAUAACAAUCUCUCUGGGAUGAUUCCAGAAUCAGCUCAGUUCGUUACAUUUCCAGAAUAUAAAUUCGCCAAUAAUUCCGGUCUUUGUGGAAUCCCUCUGCCGGCAUGCCAGCUUAAAGCAGAUGCAGGAAGUAGUCAGCAUCAGAAGUCACAUAGGAGGCAAGCAUCCCUCGCUGGCAGCGUGGCAACAGGGUUGUUGUUUUCCCUCUUUUGCAUCUUCGGGGUUGUAAUUGUUGCCAUGGAAAUUAGGAAAAGGAGGAGGAAGAAGGAGGAGGCUGCCCUGGAUGCCUAUAUGGACAAUCACUCCAACUCAGCAACAAUGACAGGCAACUGGAGACUCAGUGCUCGUGAUGCGUUAAGCAUUAACCUUGCAACUUUCGAAAAGCCUCUCAGGAAGCUCACUUUUGGAGAUCUUCUUGAAGCCACUAAUGGCUUCCAUAAUGAUAGUGUUAUAGGUAAAGGCGGAUUUGGGGAUGUGUACAAAGCUCAGUUGAAGGAUGGAAGCGUCGUGGCUAUAAAGAAAUUGAUACAUGUCAGCGGGCAGGGGGACCGGGAAUUCACUGCUGAAAUGGAAACCAUUGGGAAAAUUAAGCAUCGUAACCUUGUUCCCCUCUUGGGGUAUUGCAAGGUAGGUGAGGAACGGCUCUUGGUUUACGAGUACAUGAAGUAUGGAAGUCUAGAAGAUGUUCUGCAUGACAGGAAGAAAAUAGGGCUCAAGCUAAAUUGGGCAGCAAGGCGGAAAAUUGCAAUUGGAGCUGCGAGGGGAUUGGCGUUCCUUCAUCAUAAUUGCAUCCCACACAUUAUUCAUCGUGAUAUGAAGUCGAGCAAUGUUUUGCUUGAUGAUAAUUUGGAGGCUAGGGUUUCUGAUUUUGGAAUGGCAAGGCUUAUGAGUGCAAUGGACACUCACUUGAGUGUCAGUACAUUAGCAGGGACCCCCGGAUACGUCCCUCCUGAAUAUUACCAGAGCUUUAGAUGUUCAACGAAAGGUGACGUAUACAGCUACGGUGUAGUAUUGCUCGAGCUUCUUACUGGAAGGCAGCCAACAGAUUCAGCUGAUUUUGGUGACAACAAUCUUGUAGGUUGGGUAAAGCAACACGCUAAACUGAGAAUAAGUGAUGUUUUUGAUCCUGAGUUGUUUAAAGAGGAUCCGACCUUAGAGAUCGAAUUAUUACAACACCUAAAAAUUGCAUGUGCUUGCUUAGAUGACCGACGUUGGAAACGUCCCACUAUGAUUCAAGUCAUGGCAAUGUUCAAAGAAAUUCAAGCAGGCUCGGGAAUGGACAGCACUGCUUCCACGAUCACAGAAGAGGUUGGCAAUUUUAGCGCAGUCGAAGGGGUAGAAAUGAGCAUAAAAGAAGGCAACUAG